GUUGAGCCGAAAAAUCGAGAGAGCAGGAGAACAGAAAGGGCGGGAGGGUUUCUUCCAUUUGUACAGUUCGAAUCACUACUCGCUACCCCCUUUCUCUCUCUACCUCUCUCGCUCUCCAAGCAUGGAUUUGGAGGAGGGCCCUACCGUCGCGGCCGCCGCCGUUGGUUUGGGCUCGUCACCACCAACGCAUGAUCUUGAGUCAACUCCGAUUGGAUCUCCGGAGGACAUGGUUCCAUCGUACUUUCCUCCCCCGUCCGAUGACGAUCAUGAAAAUGAUCUCGGUCAAGAUUCCAAGCACGAGGACGACCGAGAUCAUGACCACGGUCAUGAUAAGGAUCACGAUUAUCAGUCCACUGGACCCGGCGUCGUCCUCACUGAUGAUCUCAAAAGCAAGAUCAUUAAGCAGGUUGAAUAUUAUUUCAGUGAUGAAAAUUUGCUCACUGAUAAGUAUAUGAUGAGUUUGAUUAAGAAGAACAAGGAAGGUUUUGUUCCUAUUUCAGCUAUUGCUUCUUUCAGAAAAAUAAAAAAGCUCACCCGUUAUUAUCCGUCAAUAGUGGCGGCACUUAAGGAGUCUUCCUUGCUCGUUGUGAGUGCAGAUGGGAAGAAGGUAAAGCGUCUUAAUCCUCUACCACUUACUGAUGUCAGAGAUUCAAAGUUAUUCACUGUUUUAGUAGAAAAUCUGCCAGAGGAUCACUCAGUGGAGAACAUUCGAAAAAUAUUUGGUGAAGCUGGAAAUAUAAAAAGUAUAUCCAUUCGUGACCCUCAUGCUAUGGAAGAGUCAAAAAAAAGCAUCAAGGCAGAGAUCUUGCUCACUACAAGGUUACAUUCUCUUGUGGAGUAUGAAACAGAGGAGGCAGCUGAGAGAGCGGUGGCUUUGUUGAAUAAUGACCAAGAUUGGAGAAAUGGUUUACGGGUCAAGCUUCUUAAGAGAAUGGGAAAGUAUGGGCAGAAAAGACAUGCCUGGAGGGCACCUGAUUCUGAAAAGAACAUUGGUGGUCGGGCAUCUGCACAAACAGGUGGUGAGGAGAAUAACUUUAGUGGACAUCAUGAUGAUACACCUGAUGAAGAGGUAGCUCAGUUACAUUCUUCUUUGAAGCUGUUCACCCUAUUUCCUACUGAAGCUUUUAACUGUCUAAAGCCUUUUCUACAUAUGUUUCUAGAUGUGCAUUUUGAAUGUUUGAUAGGAGCUUUUUUGAAGUUGUUAGCCCCGAAUUUGAGGUUGUUCUUGAAAAUAUCUAUUUUAAGCUUUCACAUGCAUGAAACUCUUGCCAGGAUUUGGGGCCUCAGUGGGUUAUGUUCACGGGUUAGUUAACUGUGAUUUUACUAAAAAAGGCAAAGCAAACUGAAUAGUUUCACAAAAUGUGGGACCAAAUGGAAUUGUACUUUUUGCAAUCAAUAGUUAGUCAAAUUGAAUCAAUUACAAAUGAAAAA